CUGCGCAGCUCCAGGAAACCUCAGCAACCAUGCAGACGGUCUCUCUGUUUGGCUCCCAGGGCACCAAGCUCCUGAAGGGCAAGGGCGCCACCAAGGCCAAGUCUGCCGUGAAGAAGGCCUCCGCCCCCCGCAAGGGCUCUGGCACCGAGCGCUCCGGCGGUGCUGGCUACCGCCAGUAUGAUGGCGAUGCGCUGUGGCUGCCCAACACCUCCCGCCCCGCGUGGCUGGACGGCAGCCUCCCGGGCGACCGCGGCUUUGACCCCCUGGGCCUGUCCAAGCCCGUGGAGUACCUGCAGGUCGACCUUGACCAGCUGGAGCAGAACAACGCGGUGAACAAGGCCGGCUCGGUGGUGGGCAGCUUCACCCCCGUCAUCGACGAGGUGUCUGCCGUGCCCCUGGCGCCCUACAGCGAGGUGUUUGGCCUGCAGCGCUUCCGUGAGAACGAGCUGAUCCACGGCCGGUGGGCCAUGCUCGCCUGCCUGGGCGCCCUGGUCCAGGAGGGCGUGACCGGCGACAGCUGGGUGGCGGCGCAGACCCUGGUGUACGACAGCCCCCAGUACGCCGGCGUGGAGCUGCCCUUCUCCAUCUACAACCUGGCCAUUGCCAACUCGGUGCUCAUGGGCGGCGUGGAGCUGUUCCGCAACGGCGAGCUGGACCCCGAGAAGCGCUGCUACCCCGGCGGCGUCUUUGACCCGCUGUCCCUGGCCAGCGACGACAGCGAGCGCACCGACAAGCUGCGGGAGGCGGAGAUCAAGCACGCGCGCCUGGCCAUGGUCGGCUUCCUGGGCUACACCGUGCAGGCCUGGUACACGGGCGAGGGCGCGCUCGGCUCCCUGCGCAAGUUCGGCGAGGGCUUCUGAGCGCCCGCGCCAGCAGCAGCCCCCCGUCGCCGGCGGCCGGGCUGGCGCCCAGCCCAGCCGCGGCAGCAGCAGCCAAAUCCCCCCGAGAAGAACCCCCCGUUUAAUGACCCCUUGCCCACCCUCCCGCCACUCCCCUACUGUGCUCUUCCGCCUCAGCCUGCGGUGCGCCGGCCCCGGCCGCGCGCCGCAGAUCCUGCUAGCAGUUUUUUCCCCUGGCGGCUUCAUCACUCCGCCGGGUGUUUGCCAUUUUGCUCACCACCAGCAGCUUGCGUGUCUGUCGGAACCAGAGGAUGUGCAUUACCUUGUGUAAUACCAGCAUUGCAC